AUGUUAACUGCCAGUGCCCGUUGCCUAUCUCUUAGUGCAUUACCACGCGUCAAUGCGUUGGGUUGCAUUCGCCAGGCAUCACAUAGCUCGAACAAGAAUAAAGAUGAACCAGUUGCUGUUUCGACACCAUCGCACGAUGAUUCUGGUCCGUCACCAAUGAGCCAACGACCAUUACCUCCUGAUGAUGGCAAAGUCCGCUUUCCCAAUCCUUGGGAUAUCAUCCUCAACAAACGUCGUUACGAAUACGCUAUGAAAUUCAAAGGAUAUGACGAUCCAUUCGAUAUGAUGCCUGUCAAACGUAUUGCUAAUAGCACAGCAGAAAAUCCCAACUUAUUGCCAAGCUCAAAUGACAAACGUUUAAUGGCUUGUAUCUGUAACGAGGAUGUUUAUCACUUGAAAUGGAUGCAUCUUCAUCGUGGUGAACCAAAACGGUGCUAUUGUGGUCAUUGGUUUAAGUUAACCGAACGACAAUAUGUCGAUUUGAGUGACUUUGGUAUCACUGAAGAAAUGCAGAAACCAGCCGCCCAUUGA